UCGCUUUGAAGAAAUGGCGCCACUGAGAGAAAGUCAUCCAUAAGUUUUACUUUUUUAUCUGUGUUAUACCUCAUCGAUGUUUGCGGACUUGAACUAUUCUAGUUAUGGUACCAUAAAUUUCAGUUGCUAUCGUCAAAUCUGUUUUUAACGUGUCACAUGAAUCCGGUCAUGUGAGUUAGCAUAAUUUUCCUAUUGUGCAAGAAGAAGUCGUGCAGAGGUUCUCAAACGAUCGAUCGAUUUAUGCUCUCGGUUUAGUCGAUCACAAAAUGUUCCACACUACUUUGUGCCCGAAAGGCUGUGAUAUCGUACACCACGAUGUGAUCAUUGCUCUUCAAGGUCUCGCUCCACGCAUAAACUCGUCGCAGAAUGCAGCGCCAUUCAGUCCAACCAGGGCCACCCGUGGUAAUAAUAAAGAAGACUUCAGAAAACAGGUCGAGAGACUAAUUUCCGGCGGCUGGAAGAAGAACAGGAACGUCCCAGAGGAUGGAAAAGAGUUGCAGUUGCCACUGCUUCACCUGGUAAGCAUGUUUGGAAAGUAUGAGGCAGUGGAAUGGUUGUUAAACGAAGAAGACUUCGACGCAACCCUUAGAACCUCCACAACCAAUGAGACUGCACUGCAUUUGGUAGCUCGUCACCUUUACAAGGCACUGUCAGCUCGUGAAUCAAGGCUGGAGAACAUGACUGCCACUGCUAAAGCGGUCAAUUUUGAGAAAGUAGCUGUACUUCUCGUCAGGAAAGAAGUGAGCCUUUUCUGGGCAAAAGAUGGCUUGAAUAGGGAGACAGCUUUUCAUAUUCUUGGAAAUUGUCUGGUUAAAGCUACUUUCCUGAAUAAUGACUUAAAAGAAGAAGAUCGGUGCUUGGUAUUCUACUCAAAGAGUAUUACUGCCAUGUUUAAACUUCUACUGGCAGCAAAACGCUUAACAACAAGGGAUAUUGUAAAGGCACUAAGUGUUAGAAAUGGUGAUGGCGAUAGCUCUUUACACAUAAUUGCCAGGGCAGGAGUACAUGGCUACAAACUGCUCAAAUACCUGGUGAAGUCUCUGGGGUCUGCUGAUAUCAUGAAAGUAAAGAAUAGUAAACAUCGGACUGUGCUAGAUAUCGUGAAUGAAUGUUAUCCUGGUCAUGAAAAGGAGUUGCUUGCUAUUGAGGAAGGGAAAAGAAACACUAUGGCCUUAGUUCAUGCAACCCUAGCUGCAGACGACAGAACACGUACAGCAACUACACCAAGCUCAAGUGAGCACAAGAAAGAAUCACAGGAGCAGGUCAACUUCAUUCAGGAGAGAUCCAAUGAAGCUUCAGGGUUGUGCUCUGAACCAGCAUCAUUAAACUGUGACUCAGCAAAACAGGAAAAGCAAUGUGCUAUACAUACAAAACACUUUUCAGACACAUGUUCUCAAGAAUGCUUCGAUACAAUGGCAGCAGUUAAUGUUAUUCUUAACACCCACACUCCCCUCUGUCCAGAGGAAUGUGAUCUGCAGCAUCACCUACUCACAUGCGCUGUCUUCCACCCCUCAGUUGUAUUCCACACAGACAUUAAUGCUAGCAUUCCUCUGACAUUCAAGUUGUGUUUACAGUCUUGUCUUAAUGCAGGCUGGAAACAAAAUAUGGAUGUUCCAGAUCCUCUAGAGAGUCUACGUCUUCCAUUGCUUCACCUGAUUUGCAUGCGAGGAAACUUUUCUGCAGCAGAAAAACUUGCUCAAGAAAUAAAGCUAAGACCUGUUGUCUCUUCAGAGGGAAAGGAAACUCCUCUUCAUGUUGCUGCUAGGUAUUUCCCAAUAACAUAUCCUGACAAAAUUAUUGCAGACGUCACAUUCAAGUCAGUCUUGAACUUUCUUGUCAAGCAAGACAAAGGAAUUCUUUUCAAAGUUGAUGCUAAGAAUGAAUCAGUGCUUCAUGUUGUUAGUCAUAGGAUAAUUGCAGCUUUCAAAGUCCUUGCAAGUCCAUGUGAGAAUUCUUACCUCCGUAGCUUACAGCUCAGACAAAAGAACUGCUACAUGAAAGCAUUGAAAAUUAUUCUUGAAAAGCUGACAGAUCUCCAGUCAGAGGACAAGGUUUGUAGAAGACUAAUUUGCGAAUUGCUGGCUGUUCAGAAUGAUGCCAAUAGCACAUUCAUCGAUGUUCUUCGUAAAGACUCAGUGAACGAAAUUGUACAGAGCCUUGUUUUGCAUGUGAAGGAGGAAUUGCCAUUUUGUUUUGCUGAUGGAAGUUUUGAUGUAGUCAUCGCAGAAUGCCCAUCAUCAUGUCCUUGCAAAGGAAAAGCUGUUUCUACCAAGAACCUUGGUAGUCAAAUGAAAGCUUCUCAAUCAGAAGGUGGAAGAUCAAAUUCAGUUCAAGAACCGGUGUCAUCUUCACAAACUCUGUCACCACAUGUAGACCACAGGGCUACCAAACAGCCUCAACCAGCUGCUUCCGCCCAAACAGCACCAGCUGCUCACAGCCAAUCUUGCCAUCUUACUCUCGUUCAACCUGCUCAGGCUACCUCCGGUCAACUGUUGCAAGUUGGUUGCAUUCCACCUGCACAAGUUACUUACAAUGAGCCUGUUCAGUAUUCUUCCGCUCAGCCAGCCCAAAUCCAAGCUGUUCAAGCAGCUACAACAUCAAGAAGGCCCCAAGCAGAAGUGCAAAGCAUUCAAGUGCUUAGACAAGCAACAGCAGGCAACUCCUUACAACAGACUUUCCCUGUAGCAAAACCCACUCACCAUAUUCCUGUGGUCAUUAUAAAACAGGAACAGGAUGGUGAAGAAUAUGAUGCUGAGUGUUUUCAUACCAGUAGUAGCCAAUGCAGAGCUUCCCCACCAAAACAGAAUGCUGUUAUAGUUACAUCAGACACCCCUGAUGUUUCCAUUGCAGUUCAGAAUCCUUUAACAAUACAGACAGCUGAAGAGGGGGUUCAGCAAGGAAACCCAUCUUUGUUUUGUUCUUCACCAUUGGAAUCGCUUCAGCAAAUGAACCAGGCAGUAAGAAAUGGGACAGCAGUUUUUGAUCCUCCAUCAGUUGUCAGUACCCAAACAACAGCUGUACCACAUCGACGAAGACGGGGUCGACCUUGCCAAGCUGUAAAGAGCAGUAGUACAGGUGCAGCUGUUGGCCAAACAGCAACAAAGACAUUGCCACAGACUGAACUACAGAAGAUAACCCUAACAGUUAAAGACACAAUUGUAGCAGAAUCAUUGGAUAGUUUAUCUGACACAGACUACAAGUUAGAUUUAUUUCACACACCACUUUGUGAUGAAAAUUGCAGUAUUUCCCAUCAUCACCUUAUCUUGACAUUGUUGAACACCUCAAACAGAUUGUGUUCCAAAAGACGAGCAAACAGUUUUUUGGUGCUUUUGGAAAAUACUAAAGUCAACUUCCUCAAAUGUGUGAAGAAGAACCUCAUGCAGGGUCUUUGCAAGGAUAAUGAUCUCUGCAAUGAUUUGGAAAUUUUCCAGUAUCCACUGAUUCAUGUAGCAGCACUGCUAUUAAAGUACACAGCAGUAGACAUGCUGAAUUAUCUUGGAUUUAAACUGGACUCCUGCUCCCAGAGAACAGGUGAGUUUCCCCUGCAUGCAACUCUUCGUCACUGCUACGAUGCUGGUGUGAAAGUUUACAAGUCACCUGGGUACUUUGAGAGGCUUUUUCCUAAGGUGUUUGAAUGUCUUUCCAAGGAUAUUAGUUUGUUGAAGCUACUGUCACAGCAAGAUAGAAAUGGAAAUACACCUCUACAUGUUGCAGCUAAGAAGAUUAUUGAAAGACCAGGUCCCAUCACAACAUCGGCAAACAUAAUAAUACCAUCAAGUCCUGAUUCCACUCAAGAAUGUCACUCUUGCAGUUCCCAAGCUCAACCAACUACUCAGGUGUCUUUAGGUUGCAACUCAGGAGCAAGGAUUACAACAAUCCACCAACACAGAGCUAAUUUUUACAUAGGUUGUUUGGUUUACAUUUUCUUAAAACUCCGUGAAGUUGCUACAGAAAAUCGUAAAGUUGUCCUCAGUGUAGUCAAACCUGUACUCACAGUUACAAACAAGGAAGGAGAAACAUUUUUGCAAAUCAUGUGCAAAGAGCAUCACAUUGCCAUGAAUGGUAUAGUUUCAUUGCUCGCCAAUUUCCCCCUCCCUGUGUUUUAUAACUGCAUUAAGCAGUGUAUUCCAAAAGACUGUUGGCCUGACAUUGUUAAGAACUGGCACCUCCAUGAAGAACAUGAGAUUGACUGUGGGUCGAAUCAAAAUGAACCUGUGUCGUCUCCCCUGGAAGUGUCCAUGCCACCAGAGAAAGAAAGAGGAGCACAACCUUCCAAACCAGAGUCACCCAAGCCAUCUUCAGAUGUUAUUUUUUCAGAAACACCUGUGACUGUCUCCCCCUUAGCAGAGGUGUCCAUAGCUGAAGAGUCCAUUUCUGUUCCCUCUCCAGCCACACCCCUACACAGCAGUGCUAGUGCAAUAUCACAAAGUUCAGGUUCCGGUGUGGGCAACCUCAACUCAGUUCUUACACCACUGGUAGCAAACCCUGUGCACACCACACUGAGACCAACAACUAAACGGAAGAUCAUUGAAGCAUUAAAGGAAGAGUACACAGAGAGAUUGGAAUUGGCUGUGAAGGGGAGGCAUGAAGUUGAGGAAGACAUCUCUAAGCACAAGUCAAAGACAAAAGAACUCACAGAGUCUAUUGUUAAGAGAAAGGCUCAAGUAGAAAAGCUGGAAAAAGAACUGCAGGAGAUGCAAAAGGAAAUGUGGCACAAGAAUCAGGCCAUUCAAGCUCUGGAGAGCAGCCUUGAGCAGUUUACAAAAGAAGAGGCAGAACUGAAAAAAAAUCUCCUUAUUCUCCAAGAGGCAGAUCCUGAGCCACCUGCCAAGAAGAAUAGAAGUGAGGAAAGCAGCUGCUGUGAAUAGUAAAAUGAGUGAAAAACAGGAAAACUCUAAGGAAAGAUAGUCUUAUAGUUAUUCUGACAGCAAAUAAUUUCACAUCACCAGGCCUUGUGCCUUACAGUCCAUUUUCUUAAAAAGGAAGGCAUCCUUAAGGCAAUUAUUCUGAUGCAGUCAGAAAUUUUUCAAGUCCCCUUUUGGAAACAAAGGGUUUUAAUGUUCACAUUUCUGAUAAAAGAAUAAUUCUUACAAGAUCUCUCCUAGUAGGAUGCUCCUUAACUGAUUGAUAGGAUUAUUAUACAAAGCUUGUGGAGGGAUUACAUACUGCAUGUGAUUCACCAGGCUCCUUGAUUUCACAUUUUGAAAAUCAGGGAUAGAGGAAAUAAAAUGGAUUGUGACAUCAGCCAUAGGACAAAGGACAUUGACAAUUAUAUUUUAAAGGAGACUGAGCGAACCAGCUGGUCCAUGUUGGACAUUACAUUAUUAUUGAUAUUUACCUGAUUUUUCACAUCACUAAUUUUAAUUAAUCUAGAAAACUAAAGUAGGAUUUAGUCUGUGUGAUGAUAGCAGUGAAAUUUUAAUUGAAUCACUGCCUUUUCGUUUUUAUCGUUAUUAAUAUUAAGAGCCCUGCUCUUUAAAGUCCCUGAUGGGAUUUUGACAUCUCUUACAUUAAUUCCUUUUGGUAGAGCUGAAAACAAAAGAUUCUGUGGAGGGCACAGUUCUGUGCCUUUGCUAAAGCAUUGACCAAAAGUUAUGACUACAUGCAUUUAUACGUAUGUUGUGUAGAACCAGUAUCUAGUUUGGGUGGAAUCUUUAGGUGUUAUGAAACAAUUCUAUGUUGGUAAACUGUUUUUCAGAUAAUUUUGAACAUUUGGUUUAAUAUUUAUGCUGUGUAUUUUUUGCUACAUAUUCACAAAUUGUUAUUGGUCAA